GGAAAAACAGAAAAUCAAAAUCCCAAAACUAAGCAAACCCUUCAUCGCUGCUCCGUCUGUAUAAAACGGGGGCUUGAGCUCACCCAUCUUCUUUCUCCCAAUCCAAAUCCUCCUCCAAUCCCAUCUCCUCCCUGUGUUCUACUCUGCAAAUUAUGAUAAUCUUUUUCCCAUUCCCAUUCCCAUUCUCGAUCUUCCAUAAUCUCCGCGUCUUCGGUCCUGGCUUGAAUCCCUUCAAACCCUACUGCAUCGCCAACCACUCCUCUCGCUAAUCGCAUCUACCCAAUUGUCUCCCGUUUCAUCUUCUUCUUUCCCAGAUUUUCUUUAUCAUGUAACAACCUUGUGGCCGUCAAUCCUAUUCAAUAUAAACUAUUGGCUUCGUUUUCUCAGCGCUUUGUUGUUGUGGUGGUAGUAGGUAGUCUGUGCGUUGGAAAUUGGGGGAUUUGGUAGAGUGAGAGGGAUGUUUGAAACGAAACCGGAUUCGUUUCGUCGGAACCUGUCGAAGAAGCGCUCAUUUAGGGCUGCGGUGGGCGGGGACGACCGGGGGUGGACUCUGCUGCAUGUUGGUGCUCGGAAAGGGGAUCUCAAUGAGGUGAGGCGACUUCUUGAUGAAGGAAUGGAUGUAAACGUGGCAGCAUGCGGCCCCAAAUCGAAAGGGGUGACCCCCCUUCACCUUGCCGCUCAGGGUGGGCAUCUCAGAGUCAUGGAUGAAUUGCUUGAACGUGGUGCUAAUAUUGAUGCUAGAACUAAGGGUGCCUGUGGCUGGACCCCACUUCACAAUGCAGCCAAAGAAAGAAACAAGGAUGCCAUCAAAUUCCUGAUAGAGAAUGGGGCAUUCCUAGCUGCUGACAUCAAUGAUAACAGGUUCAACCCACCCCUCCAUUACUGCACAGGUCUUGAGUGGGCUUAUGAGGAGAUGAAACGCAUCCAACAAGAGAAUUGGAGCUCAUCAGCAGGUGAGACCUCCUACAGCUCUGAAAGCUAAAUACCAUCCCAAGUACACCACAUUGCAACCUUUGAUGCCAUGUUCAGCCCAAUAUUAUCCUCCAUUAACUAUGGAUACUAAAACCAAUUGCACGCACUAGUAGUGAUGAAGUAUGGCUUUGGAUCAAAUUUAUGUUUUGUUGUGUGUUUUGGAUGCUUGAUGAACCAAGCACAUGUUAUCCGUAAAAUGGUUGAAGCAUUUGAAUAGGAGGUCCACUAUAACUAUAAACCCUAGGUAAAUCUUUCAAAAAACCAAAAUGGUUUGUUUGAUAGGGUUGUUUCGAUGAUUGAUUUUGGAAGAUGUACUUCUACACUUGUACUUCGAUUCCAUCUAUGGUUCUCUUGUUUA